UAUGGUUUCUUUUAUAUGAAAUCUCCAGAAUAGGCCAAUCCAUGGAGACAGCAAAUUAGUGGUUUCCAGGGAGUCAUUACUUAAAGGGUAGGAGAUGCUCGUCUAGGGUGAUUAAAAAAAAAAGUUCUGAAACUAGAGAGGUGAUAAUUUGCACAACAUUAUGAGUGCACUAAAUGCCACUGAUUGGUGCAUAGUUUAAAAUGGUUAAUUGUAUGUUAUGUGAAUUUCGCCUCAAAAAAAAAGCAACACAAUUAAAUGUGUUCUGCUUCCCAGCCUCCCUCCGCUGAAGAGAGAGCGCGCUAAAUACUGUGCCAAAGAAAACUAUCCCAAAGUGACGCUCUUGGACACAAUAGUAGCAUUUUAGCAGCAGAAUGAAGUUAAACCAAGAUGUGAACCUGCUUUGUGGAUGGACGCAAAGCCGUGUUGUGCUUAACGGCAUCAGAGACCUCGGAUUUACAGCUCAGCCUGGGAGUCCCGAUAAAAUGUCGGAACUGCAAGGGGCUCUCGAAACUACCACCUGACCUGGAUUUGCCCAGGGCGCUUGUGAUUCCAGGUAGCACAGGCAGCUGGCCGCAGAGCUGGGAAUGGAGGCCAGGUCUCCUGUAUGCCCAUCCUGCCAGGCUACGAAGCAAGGUUUCACAGACGAGUUGGGUUUUAGGUUUCUUUGUUUUAAAACCCUGGGAGCUUCUAGUGGGCAAAGGAUUGUGGGCUGGCAUCCCAGGCCUCUGGAAAGAAGGUGAAGGUGCGAGGCGAACAGAGCAGGGCCGGGUGGAAGGGCGUGGCCCUAUUCAGGCCCCGCCGGCCAGUCCCGAAUCGCGGGUUUUCGGCGCCGCUGGAUCUUGCACCUCCCUGCCGGCUCUGAGCAGCAAUGUGGUUUGUAUCUUUCUUACUCUAGUCAGGAUGAAUAGAUCCUGACAAAACGUUGGUUAAUUGACUGAAUGAAUGUCCUUCACAGCGGGAGAGCAGUAGGAUUUCAUUGGCGCCCCGGAGAAACCGAAGGGAAAUGUGGAGCAGAAAUAGCAAAAGCCGUUAACCGUCUUCCGAGAAGACACGGAAGGACCCCACCCGCCGUUCCUGCCAGCCGAGCCCGUGAACGGCCCUGGCUCAGCUCUCAGGGCCAGAGUGGGGCAGGAGGAUGCUUUCCCAGCCCCACCAUGGAGCUGCGCUGUGGGGGAUUGCUGUUCAGUUCUCGCUUUGAUUCAGGGAAUCUAGCCCACGUGGAGAAGGUGGAAUCUGUGUCUAAUGAUGGGGAAGGAGUAGCAGGUGGGGCAUCAGCUCCCACCAGCAGCAUUGCCUCUUCCCCUGACUAUGAGUUCAACGUGUGGACCCGACCAGACUGUGCUGAAACAGAAUUUGAGAAUGGGAACAGGUCAUGGUUCUACUUCAGUGUCCGGGGAGGAACUCCAGGGAAACUCAUCAAGAUCAACAUUAUGAACAUGAACAAGCAAAGCAAGCUGUAUUCCCAGGGCAUGGCCCCCUUUGUGCGCACACUGCCUACCCGGCCACGCUGGGAACGUGUUCGAGACCGGCCCACCUUUGAGAUCACAGAGACGCAGUUUGUGUUGUCCUUUGUUCACCGUUUCGUGGAGGGCCGUGGGGCCACCACCUUCUUCGCCUUCUGCUACCCCUUCUCCUACCAUGACUGCCAGGAUUUGCUAAACCAGCUAGACCAGCGCUUUCUGGAGAACCACCCUACCCAUAGCAGCCCCCGGGAUACCAUCUAUUACCACCGGGAGAUCCUUUGCUAUUCUCUGGAUGGACUUCGUGUAGAUCUGCUAACAAUCAGUUCCUGCCAUGGGCUUCGGGAAGAUCGAGAGCCCCGUCUAGAGCAGCUAUUUCCUGAUACCGGCACCCCCCGACCAUUCUGUUUCACAGGCAAGAGGAUAUUCUUCUUAAGCAGUAGGGUACACCCUGGGGAGACUCCAUCUAGCUUUGUCUUCAAUGGCUUUCUGGACUUCAUCCUUCGACCUGAUGACCCCCGGGCCCAAACCCUACGUCGUCUCUUUGUCUUUAAGCUGAUCCCCAUGUUGAACCCUGAUGGUGUGGUCCGGGGCCACUACCGCACAGACUCACGUGGAGUGAAUCUGAACCGUCAGUACCUGAAGCCUGAUGCAGUCCUGCACCCGGCCAUCUAUGGAGCUAAAGCUGUACUUCUCUACCACCAUGUGCAUUCCGGUCUAAAGUCCCAGAGUCCCUCUGAGCACCACUACAGUCCUCGUCUCCCUGCUGAUGCUCCCCUUUCUGACUUUGAAAAAGCCAACAAUCUACAAAAUGAAGCUCACCUUGGGCACACAUCUGACAAGGAUAACCCUAAGGCGUGGACACAGACUGAGCCAGCAGAGCAGAAGCCCAACAGGGUGUGGAUUAUGCCACAACAGUCCCCUGAGGUUGAGCAGCCAGCCCCCGACACCAUCCCCCCCAAAGAGAGUGGUGUUGCUUACUAUGUAGAUCUGCACGGACAUGCUUCCAAAAGGGGCUGCUUCAUGUAUGGAAACAGCUUUAGUGAUGAGAGCACCCAGGUGGAAAAUAUGCUGUAUCCAAAGCUCAUCUCCUUGAACUCAGCCCACUUCGAUUUCCAGGGCUGCAAUUUCUCAGAGAAGAAUAUGUAUGCCCGAGACCGCAGAGAUGGCCAGUCUAAGGAGGGAAGCGGCCGGGUUGCAAUCUACAAAGCCUCAGGGAUAAUCCACAGCUACACACUUGAAUGCAACUACAACACUGGACGCUCAGUAAACAGCAUCCCUGCCGCCUGCCAUGACAACGGGCGCGCCAGCCCCCCUCCCCCGCCGGCUUUCCCCUCCAGAUACACUGUGGAAAUGUUUGAGCAGGUGGGACGAGCUAUGGCCAUUGCAGCUCUGGACAUGGCAGAAUGCAAUCCGUGGCCUCGAAUUGUGCUGUCAGAGCACAACAGCCUCACGAACCUCCGGGCCUGGAUGCUAAAACAUGUGCGCAGCAGCCGAGGCCUGAGCAGCACUGUGAACGUGGGUGUCAACAAGAAGAGAGGCUCUCGAACUCCACCCAAAAGUAACAAUGGAUUGCCUGUCUCCUGCUCUGAAAAUACCUUGAGCCGUGCACGAAGUUUUAGCACUGGCACAAGUGCUGGUGGUAGCAGCAGCAGCCAACAAAAUUCUCCACAGAUGAAGAACUCCCCCAGCUUUCCUUUUCAUGGCAGUCGGCCUGCAGGGCUGCCAGGCCUGGGCUCUAGCACCCAAAAGGUCAGCCACCGGGUGCUGGGCCCUGUCAGAGAACCCCGAAGCCAGGACAGGAGACGGCGGCAGCAGCCACUGACCCAUCGCUCUACUUCAAGCAGCCUGGCCCCAUCCCCAACUCCUGCUAGUUCUAGCCCAGCCGCCUCACGCAACAUGGGCUCCUGCCUACUGCCCAGUUCACUCAGCAUAUCAGGGAGCAGUUGCUCACUCUUGUCCUCAGGGGACAAGCCUGAGGCUGUCAUGGUGAUUGGGAAAGGUCUGCUAGGGACUGGACCUCGGAUCCCCUGUAUCAGGACCCAAUUGCAGGCUAGGCCCCGGUUGGGCCGGGGCUCACCGCCGACUUGCAGAGGGAUGAAAGGCUCUUCAGGCCCCACAUCCCCUAUCCCCCGGACCAGGGAGAGCAGUGAGCCGGAGCCGGGACCCCGCUCUGCACCAGGGCUGCCUCAGGCCGGGCCCCCACGGUCCCACUCUGCCCCUGCCUUUUCUCCUAUUUCCUGUAGUCUCUCUGACUCCCAGUCGUGGAUUUGUUACAGCGGGGGGGCCCUUGAGCCAACCUGAGGUUUGUUUUGUCCCUAAGUCUCCCCCACUCACUGUUUCUCCCCGGGUCUGAUGCCUUGACCUUCAUGCCCGGGAUAUAGCCCCAAGAGGGGGAACACAGUGAGAAAUGUGCUAGUCCCCUCCUUCAGCUGCUGAUUCCAUGUGACAACCAUAACUCCUUGUAAUGCCAGCCACACUGUUCUGAGGCAUCGCAGAGCAUCACCUUAAGAAAAGACAAAGCAGGGACCUGCCACCCCUUCCCUCCCUCCAGAGCACAAGAUUUUGGGACCACAAAAAAAAAAUCUAUAUUUUUAUACUUGGGGGGAGGGAGUAGAAAAGAAAGCAGCCCCUGUGCUGGGCCCUACUCAGUGGCAGCUUCUUGUUCCAUGGGGUUAAGGAAGACUUUGAGGAAAUAAAAGUUGUUUGGAAAAAUCCAGGUGUAGUUGCUUUGUAUGUUGUGAUGGGUAGAAAGGAUGAAGUGAA